CACCUGGUGAUCCGUGAUCCACGUGUCUGUGUCUCUGCAGCAGACAGAUGAAAACCCUGCCUCCUUUUCACAGCUUUGGAGCAGCUGUGUGAGCCUCUUCUAAUGGAGAUUGGCAUCCUGGUGCUGUGGUGGUGUUCUGGCAUUUGACGUGUUUGCAGAAGAAUCAGUGUUGCAAGCACUUUGAGCAGUUUUCAUGAAUUCUGAUCCUGCUGGCAAUUCCUGGAUCAUCCCCAUGGACAUCCAGCCUAUGUUAUGUACCAGAGAUUAUUGUUUUCUAUAAAUGCAGAGUCAGACCCAAAGCCACACAAUUUAGAUGGCUUUUACAAAUUUUACUGGACUCCAGCUGCCUGAGGCCACUGACAACGAGGACGUGCAGCAAUGAUCAUCUCACCAAAAGCAGAAGAACAAUGAUCAUCUCACCAGAAGCAGAAUAUGUGGUGUUGGGAGAGGGCACUUCUAACCUUCAUUCUGAGGCUGCUAUCACCUCCUUACUAAUGCUUGGGAAGGUGAUCUGGGUGGGUGCUGAGCAGAAGGCAAGGUGAAAAGGUUUCCUGGAGGUUUGGCAGUGGUGGGAAGCACUGGCUGACACUGCAGCUGAUGGGGUGGAUGGCUUUACAAGAUGUGGAGGUGUGAGACUGGGCAGUAACCAAGGACAAUUCAAAUGAUUUGAGCAUGAAAACACCUGCACCCAGGGGUGCAGAGAGUCUGGGUGGAUCUCAGAUCAGCACCCUGCACUUUCAGGGGGGAGUUAUUUUGACUGAUGACUGAUCCAGUGCUUGAAAUGGCUGCCCCAGAACACUGUAGGGGUUAAAAGGAAAUUGGCUUAUCUGGUCACAACAUACUUUCAGUUCUGUUAAUGGAACUGUUAUUAGAGUGGAUUAUUCAGUGCCCUGGACAUGAAACCCUGAUUUGGGCACGUCCCACGUGUUGAUAACAGGCAUGGCUUGUGCUGUCUCUGCAGCUGUGUGCUGCCAGAGCAUGCAUUGGUACGUUUGCAAUGGAUCCUCGGCGUGAAGGAUCGCAGUCAUUGCAUCUUCAAAUUGAUUUUCUUCUACGGAAAGCUGUUUGAAGCAAAAACCAAUUUGGUUUGUAUAAACUACAUUAGAGAUAAGAAGAUAUCCCUCAGAGUGCACGAGAUCACCUUAGAAGACGUUUUCACCGUACUGCGAGUAACAAGUCACACAAUAAAAGGAAUUUCUUACAGCUGAUCUGAUCUCCACCCAUCCGUGAGCUGGCUCUGAAAUGAGAUAAACCUAUCUCCUCUAAUUCAGGACAGAUGUAUCAUAUUUCCCAAUCACAUUACAGACACUAGGAAGGCCUGGUGGUGUUAACACUGAGCAUAUAACCCAGGCAAGUGAGGCAGCUUUAUCUGCUUUGAGGGUCUGGCCUUGUAAAUAAGGUGCUAAACUGCUCCCCCUGAUCUGGAAGUUGGCCUGUGAUGUUCUACCUGUGCUGCUACUGAGUUUCCACAGAUACUUAGGGUAGCAAAUAAUCCCAAGGCUCAUUACUGCACAUAAAUCCCUCAGCCUUCUGAGUUUCCUUCUCUGGAGCCACUGCAAAAAUGGACACAUCAAUACAGCCUUCUGCAGAAAAGCUGACAAUCUCAAAAUGGGCUCGUGCUGCAAUAACUGAAAUCUCCUGCCAGGAGCUGAAGGAACCAGGAGGCAAGGCAGGCUGCACAUCUACUUCUACUUCUCUGAGCCCUGAAACCACAGCAGAAGCUUUCAGCUGAAGGGACAUCCCCAGGAGCUGGUGCCCAGGAAAAGGGCACGAUGCUCGCUCCCAUGCCAGAGCGGGGCUGGCAAACCACAGGAGCCACAGGAAACCUCCAGAACCUGAAGAAACUGAACAGCCAGGACUUCAGGGACCUGCGAGCCUCGUGCCUGAGCCGAGGGCUGCUCUUUGAGGAUGCCACCUUCCCUGCCCACGCCAGCUCCAUCGGUCCCACCCUGCUCCCGGAGGAGAAGCUCCGGCAGAUCCAGUGGAAGAGGCCAACGGAACUUCAGAGAAAUCCUUAUUUGAUCAUGGAUGGAGUUAGCAGAUUUGACAUCAUGCAAGGAGAAAUAGGUGACUGCUGGAUGCUGGCUGCCCUGGGCUCCCUGACACUGCGAAAACAAUUUUUGGAAAAUGUUUUACCCAAGGACCAAGGAUUCCAGGAAGAUUAUGCUGGGAUUUUUCAUUUCCGGUUCUGGCAAUAUGGAGAAUGGGUGGAUGUAGUGAUAGAUGACCGGCUGCCAUUCCUAAAUGGAAGAUACCUCUCUGUACACCCCCGAACUUCAAAUGAGUUCUGGCCAUCCUUGCUGGAAAAAGCAUAUGCCAAGCUGCAGGGCUCCUACCAGAACUUGAAUGGAGGCUACCUUUCAGAUGCUUUAGUAGACUUCACAGGUGGAGUCCAAGUGCAGUUUUCAUUGAAGGAUCCACCUCCUGAUCUGGAGGAGAUCCUGAAAGCAGCUGACAAAUCUCGGUGUCUCAUGGGGUGCAGCACCUCAGUCCAGUCAAGGAGGAACAUAGAGCUGAGGAAUGGCAUUGUACAGGGCCAUGCCUACACCGUCACAGGAGCUGUGAAGAUCCCCUACAAGAAUGGCUGGAAGCAUAUCAUCAGGAUCUGGAAUCCGUGGGGCCAUGGGGAGUGGAAGGGGCCCUGGAGUGAUAACUCUCCUCAGUGGGACCGUGUUGAGCCUAAAUACAGAGAAGCCCUCCUCAGAAAUAAGGAUGAUGGAGAAUUCUGGAUGUCCUGUAAGAACUUCCAGGAGCAGUUUUCAUGGCUGUAUAUAUGCAACAACACCCCAACAUUCCUGGACUUUGGAGAUGAGCACGGCACAGCGGCGUGGUCUCUGAACAGCUACACCGGCCUGUGGAGGCCGGGCCUUCCCACCAGGAGGAGCCGCUAUUCCCAGGCAGGUGCAGCUUCUACAAACCCCCAGUAUUUUUUCAAAGUGCUGGAUCACAACCCAAAAACCUGUAAUGUAGCAGUUUCACUCAUGCAAAAACACGCUGAGCAUGUGCAGGAUGAAAAAAACCUGAGGAUUGGCUUUUUCCUCACCACGGAGAACUCCAGAGUUCUGAAGCAAACCUUUCUCCAGAGUCGAGAUGUGACCAGCUACUUGAUCCUGAGCCCAGGAACCUAUGCUGUUGUUCCUGCUGCAGCAGAGGACCAGGAAUUUGAAUUUCUCUUACGAAUUUUCAUAAAGAAUCAAGACUACCAUGAGAACUCAAGCUCCCUGACCAGCCCAGGGCUGCCGAUGGAUGUACCAAAGCAGAACCAGGGCAGCUCCUAUAAGGCUCUUUUCCUAAAAUACGCUAAGCAGGGCUCAACUAUUGAUGCCUCCCAGCUGCAACAACUCCUCAAUGAAGUGAUCUCGCAAGAUGAAAUGACCAGCCUGGGAGGGACGUUCAGCUUUGAUUCAUGCAGAGGCAUUUUAGCUCUGAUGGAUCUCAACUCGAACGGAAGACUCACCCUGCAGGAGUUCGGGAGCCUCUGGCGAAGCCUCACUAAGUACAUGGAUAUCUUCUUCAAGGAAGACAGGAACCGUUCUGGAUUUCUGGAUAUUGCUGAACUGGAGAACGCCAUACAGGCAGCAGGUAUGCCCAGAGGGGCUGAGCAGCUCCCUUUGUUCUCCCUGUGAGGAAAAAGAAGGAGGAAAGAGGAAAAAAAAAAAAGACUUUUAGGGAGAAAGUGGUUUGGAUUUCCCAGAGAUGCCAGUUAGAUCACAGCUCUGCUGAGAGAUCUGUGAUGGAACCAGCAGAAAGAUGCAGAGACUGGCCAGACCUGCUUCUAGGUCAUGGAUGGAACAUCCAGUGGGGAGGAAAGGAAAAAGGAAGAGUGGAUUCUUGCACUUGCCUCACUCAGUUCCUGCAGUUUCUCUCCAGGACAGUGACUAAGUCUAGAAGGGAAAGCCACACCGACAGGCAUUUAUUUAGUUUGCACUGACCUCUGUUGGCUGCUGAGUGCUGAAGCUCUCAGCGAGUGCACAGGAGUGGAGCAUUUCAGCUGAGUUUUCUCAAAGGAGACUUUGUGCAUGAAGUACAUCUCUGACACAGCCAUCCCCUUUUAAUUGUGCACUAGAGAAGCUCCCGUUUGGCUGCCUGGAGCUCAGAGGGGUGCUGUCCCAGGAGGAGACUGGUGCAGGAUUGCUAUCCCUGGAAGCCAUCAGCUGAGGGGAUGCAUAUAUAUUUUUUUUGCUGCUGAGAGCUGGGCAAAGCAUCAGCACCUGUCUGAGAAGUGCAGCACUGAUGUGCCAGAUGUCAAAGGAGAAGCUGCCAGGGCCGUUCUGUGAGAAAGAUGCCAAAGUGUAAAACUGGGAGGAAAACUGUGCAUGGAACAGUCCUGUCAGCCAAAACAAUGCAGCUGUUUGGAGGGAUAAAAAGGCACUGUUAAGUGGCAAAUUCAAUACAUGCUUGACUACAAGUUGUUCUGAGUGGGGAAGAAAAUUACAAGCUCAUUCUUGCUGCCCUCUGAGCAUUUGAAUCUGGCUUGGCAAUGAGAUGAUCCCUGUCCUGCCUUUUGAGCAGGAACCCCAGCAGGCGUUUGGGAGUUUGAUGCUACCCCUGGGAAUGGUAUUAAUGUAUUUAAAUCCAGCUCCUAGUCAGCUGUUCCCUGAAGUGUUCAGUGCUUUUCCAACAAAACACUACAGUGUGUCCUUAAUUUUCACUGUUUUCCUAAUGCUUCCAAUAAUAAUAAUGGAUCAGAGUAAAGCAGGCCAGCUGCAUUAACAGCAGUGCUGCCCUGAAAUGCAGCAGUGUUGGCCUGAUGCAUUUACAAACUCCUCUUUGGCAACAGCAAAUGAUUCAAAAUAAUUUUUAUAAAUAGGGAAACAUCAAGUCAGUAAUUAACAUCUUGGCCAAAACCAGAGGGAGAAAUCCAGCAGACAAAAGGCUUGGGAAGUAUUCUUACAAAUCAGCUGAAAAUUCUUGGGAACAGAGAGGACUGACCCUUCAGUUUUGUUGAUGAGGUUAAUUGAGAGAUGUUGCCAAAGUGAGCAGAUUUCAGAGCAAGUGUAUCCUAGACUGACCAGGCCAAAUUCUUGGUGUUUUACUAGGGUAAGACUUGAUUGUAGCAUCCCAUAAGUAAUAUUUACUGGAAUCUGCUCUCUGGAGGGAGCUUGAUUGAAUUCCUACUGUCUUCAAAAGGUUAAAAAUAGAAUUUAUUGCUCACUGCUACAGUGCUUUAAAACCAGACUCGAAGAAGACAAUUAAUUAGAUUAAUUUUUAAUUUUUGUCUUUAUCUCAUUUGAAAAGAAUAUAAAAUCAUGUUUACCUUAAUUUGAAAUGUAUCUUAAGCCCAAAUGUAUUUCCAUUCUUUAAUUAUUCAGCAUAAUGUACCUGCUUCCUGCUGGAGACCUCCAACUAGGCUCAUGCAACCAGAGUUUGUCAAUGGUGGUACAAAACCACUUCCAUCAGCUCUCUCUCUCCCUACACAGGUGUAGAGAAGCCAUUUCUUUUAUUUCUGCUUUUUCAACUAAUUUAGCUCCAUGAUGAGUUCAUUUGAAACGGAAAAGUUUAGAGCUGGUUGAAAAAACAGGAAAGUUACUUCACAUCCAGCUGAGCUACUAAAACCUGGAGCGAGCAAAUGAGACUUUUCUGAAGUCUCAGGGAAGGCAUUAAACCAAAGCUAUCAGUCCAGCUCUCUGAAGAAAAUUUCCCUUUUGUUUUGCAAAUCAGCUUUUAGUGCAAAAUAUAUUUAAAUCAUUCCUCUUAUAUAGCCAGCACAUUUAGGGUAGUUUUAUUUAACUAAUAAAAGAAUCAUUCUAAAAAGCAAUUUUUGUUCAUUCAAUUGAAUACCGAUUUCCAUCCAAACAGACUGCGACACAAAUACUGAAUAACCAACUAAUAAAAAAGAAAUGCACC